UUUUUUUUUACCAAAAACACUUAUUACUUAUUACCGGACAGCCAUUAAUCACUGUUACAGUGACUAUAAAAAAAAAAUAGUCGCCAUCGUUUAUUUCAACAAAAACUAAAACAACAGUACUCUACCUAAUAAAUAUUAAUAACAACUAUUUACGAUGUACAUUUUCCUAUCUUCUUCUAUCGCGUACUUUAGCCUGUUGUGAAAUUAUUGGAACAUUCAGGUUACUUUAUUCGUUGAUUGUAUGGUAUAUACUAUAUGCGAAUGAAAAGUCCACGACUGCUGCCCAGUUGGGCUACAUAUAAGCCAGGAAAAUAAUUACAGGGACCAGUAUUUAUAUACUAUGUUAUUAUGGAAAGGUUAUUAUGAAUGGUACAGCAUGAUCAUAUGAAAUCUGUACUCACUUACCUCUACUGCAAUGGGAGAAUAUUACCAGCAUCUUUUUGAAAAUCAUAAUAGUAUUGACCAAAUAUUUGAACCAAGAUGUCCUGGUUACUAUUGCGGUCGACUAGAUUUAGGUAAUAGACGUACAAGUGAUUGUGGUUCGUGUCCAUCGGGUACAAAAGUGAACUCCUUUCAUAUUUGUCAACAAUGCACAGAUUCUCCUUCAUCCUAUGAUUUCAUGUACCUCUUAUUCAUGGCGACAGUGCCUUUAUUAUUUCAUGCCGUGUACAUAGAUCUUUCUUUGUCAUCAAUAUUAUGGGCAUUCAAAGGAAAAAGUGGAAAUUCUCAGAAAAAAACUAAAACAAAAAUUGUCCUAAAUGUAUCAGCAAUAUUGGAAAUAUUUAUUGCAGCGGCUUCAGCAGUCCUAAUUGUUGAUCCUAUUGGUCAACUAUGGAUUCGAUCAUGUCGUACACAAUGGCUAUCUGAUUGGUAUACCGUUUUGUAUAAUCCAACACCAGAUUACGGUGAAUCAUUACGAUGUACUCAAGAAGCUGUAUAUCCAUUGUAUUCCAUGAUUUUUAUUUUUUAUUUGGCUUGUAUAAUUGUUUUGCUCACGAUACGUCCAUUGUUGUCUGCUUAUUUCAAUCUUAACAGAGGAGCCUAUUUGAAAACUAUGUAUGCUGGAUUAUAUUUUUUCCCUAUAGCAGCUAUAAUUCACGCAUUCCUAGGAGGUAUUGUUUAUGUCACAUUUCCUUAUAUUGUAAUUGUUGUUUCUGUAAUAUCAAGUGCGAUUCAUUUUGCUACAGAAAUAAAUCAGUCUGCAAAGUAUUUGAUUGUGAACACUGUAUGUGUGCCAAGAAACAUACUGAUUGUAGCUGUACAUUGGGUCAGUCAUGGAUUUGGUAUUGUUGCCAUUACUCAGUUGGAAAAUCCACCAGUUGACUAUGCUUUAUUGUUACUCAUUCCUUUACCAACCCUUUUUUAUAUAGCAACUACACGCAUAAGUGAACCAUCAAAAAUUCUUGUAUUAUGAUUGGUGAGUUAAUUGUUGAAAUUAAAAAAAAAAUUAACAAGUGUACAAUUAUUAACUAUAUUUUUAUACUGUAUAUAUAUUGUUAUUUGUGAAAUAAAAAAAUUCAUUAUUUAGUGAUUCAUUUUUUAACAUUCAGUUUAACAACUGAAAAACUUUAUUCAUUAAUAAAACAUAAUAUGAUUAAUUGCAUAAGUAAUAAGUCAGUUUUUAAUGGAAUUUAGACAAAUGAAGUAUAUUAAGUGAUAGUAUCAUAAAUUCUUAACAAUAAUAUAACAUCACACUUUAUGUGCAGUAGAUUUAUUUGGAAUGUACUAAAUUGUAUUUGUAAAUAUCUUAGUACUUAUAUUGAUAUGUUGAACGUUCUUUUAAAUUGGCAAUGUCAAGUUUGUAGAUAGACAUUCUAGCUACUGUAAAUUGUACUCAUAACCAGUCAAGAUAGAUAUUCCUAUAGUCAAUACUUUUAUAUUUUUAUUGUUAUAUAUAUUAUUAAAUAUAAUACAGUGGAAUAAUUGUUAUUUA